UCUUCGAGGGGGGCAAGCAAGCGAGGAGUCUGUCAGGCGGCAGCAGGCCGGGACGGGCGCUGCCAUGUUGCUGUCCGCUCCUUUUCGGGCCGUCUUCGCACGUUCGGUGACACAGAUUCGCUCCCUUCAUGCAACAGCUGCACGCAGUGGUGGUGGUGGAGCUUUGUUUGUGCACAGAGAUAGUCCUGAAAACAACCCAAGUACCCCGUUUGAUUUUACACCUGAAAACUAUAAGAGGAUAGAGGCCAUAAUAAAUAACUACCCAGAGGGACACAGAUCUGCAGCAGUGAUUCCAGUCUUGGAUCUAGCCCAAAGACAGAAUGGAUGGCUGCCUAUAUCAGCUAUGAAUAAGGUUGCUGAGGUUCUGCAGAUGCCUCCCAUGAGGGUUUAUGAAGUAGCAACCUUUUAUACUAUGUAUAAUCGUAAACCUGUUGGAAAAUACCAUAUCCAGGUCUGCACCACCACACCUUGCAUGCUGCGAGACUCAGAUAGCAUAUUAGAAGCCAUACAGAAGAAGCUUGGUAUAAAAGUUGGGGAAACAACACCGGAUAAACUCUUCACUCUGAUUGAAGUGGAAUGCUUGGGGGCUUGUGUUAAUGCACCAAUGGUACAAAUAAAUGAUAAUUAUUAUGAAGAUCUGACAACAAAAGACAUUGAAGACAUAAUUGAUGAACUGAAAGCUGGAAAAGUUCCAACACCUGGACCACGGAAUGGACGCUUUUCCUGUGAGCCAGCUGGUGGUCUCACUUCUCUGACAGAGCCACCCAAGGAACCUGGCUUUGGAGUUCGGUCAGACCUUUAAGACUGUUGUUUUUGCUGUAAGAAACUGCUUGUGAAAUAAAAACUGAACUGUGGGCAAAUCAAAA